GCCAAGUUGAACGUUCUUUUUCUGGUACGUCGUCAGUUGUGUUGUGCAUAAGUCUAUUUACGUUUAUUAAAUAUGUCAGAUGCAGAUUCUGACAGUGAUGAUAGUGAUGCAGAAGGAGGACUUGGAAAUGUCAGCCGACUGAUUAUACGUCCGCCAGGACACAGUGGUAAAGCAAAAAAAGGUCAUUUGUGCUUUGAUGCAGCCUUUGAAACUGGAAACUUGGGGAGAGUGGACCUAGUUUCUGAAUAUGAGUAUGACCUGUUCAUUAGACCGGAUACAUGUAGCCCACGUUUACGUCUGUGGUUUAAUUUUACCGUUGACAAUGUUCGUGCCGACCAACGUGUUAUAUUUAAUAUUGUUAACAUAUCAAAAAGUCGUAAUUUAUUUCGUGAUGGUAUGACACCGUUGGUUAAAAGUACCAGUAAGCCAAGAUGGCAAAGAAUACCACGACGACAAGUUUAUUAUUACAAAUCACCGCAGCAUCAAAAUCAUCAUGUACUGACAUUCGCAUUUAAUUUUGAUCGUGAAGACGAUGUUUAUCAAUUUUCACUAUCAUAUCCUUACUCUUACUCGCGUUAUCUCGGUCAUCUUGAUAAUCUCUGUACAAAAUGUUCAGCAGUUAAACGUGAAACAUUGGCGUCAUCAAUUCAAAAACGUAAAGUUGAAAUGAUAACAAUUGGAACAAAUGCUGAAGAACGUCAACGAAGAGUUGUUGCUGUGUUAAGUCGCGUACAUCCUGGCGAAUCUCCAUCAUCGUUUGUCUGUCAAGGUUUAAUGGAUUUUUUAGUAAGCGCACAUCCUAUCGCUCAAGUUUUACGCGAUUAUGUUGUUUUUAAAAUAAUACCCAUGCUCAAUCCUGAUGGAGUUUUUUUAGGAAACUACAGAUCAACACUGAUGGGAGUUGAUUUAAAUCGAGCUUGGAAUAGAAUUUCAGAAUGGAUUCAUCCUACUUUAUCAGCGACACGUACACUCUUAGAGUCGUUAGAUAAAAAUUCUAAUGCACCACUUGAUUGCGUUAUAGAUUUACAUGCUCAUACUAAUGCCAAUGGAUUAUUUGUUUAUGGAAAUACUUAUGAUGAUGUCUAUAGGUACGAAAGACAUAUCGUUCUUCCAAAGCUCUUGGCUCAACAUACAGAAGACUACAAUCCAGACAAUACAAUGUACAAUCAGGAUCCCCAUAAAUCUGGUACAGCACGUCGCUUUCUAUGCUCAAUUCUCAGUGAACACGUAAAUUGUUAUACAAUUCAAGUUUCUAUGUACGGUUAUUAUCGUAAAGGUUCGCCGGAGUUACUUCCUUAUACCGAAGAAAGCUAUUACAGGGUAGGACGUAACCUAGCCCGUGUCCUCAUGGAGUAUUACAAGCUGACAGGAUUAAUACCCUCGGGACUACCCGACCAGCCGUCGAACAAACGGGGACGUCAGUCCAGACAGAGGUAUCGGCAACCCCGGGAUCCACGACCCCGGACAGCUCGAACGCCUGCGCCUUUGCAUCUUGCAAGCAUUCACGAGUAUUUCACGGAAGAUUUGCCAGAAUUACCGACGGGUUCUCGGUACCGAUCAAUGAGCGGGACUAGGAUGAAUGUUGGGCCAGGUACUGCAAGUGCUAUUGGCACGACAAGUGGUAAGAACCAAAGCUACAGGUAUCGCAGCCCAGGGGCUGGACCGGUCGACGCCACCAAGUCUAACGUCCUUAUGAUGACGCAAGGACAUGUAGAACCACGUUUAGCUAUUAUCGACUUUAAUCAGCUGACAAGAGGCGGUUUGGACCGUGCAACGGGAAAAAAUCGCGCUAAAAUACCAAGAAAAUCUCCAGACCGUUUGUCUAAAUUUAGACGAUAAUUCUCCUUCUCAUUCUCUUACCGAUACAUUUUACUCCAAUAUAAAUAUAAACUGAAUUAUAAAAAUUUAUGUUAUCGCUCUUUGCGUCGUACAAUUUAAAUGACAUACUGUUGAUUAAAAUGAUCAAUUUAAUUUAAUUUAUAUGUAAUUUUAAAAAUGCCACGCCUUAAAAAGAGCCGGGAUAAUAAUUCACAUGAUAAAAUACACGCUCGGCCCCACCCCUUUAAACUUCCGCUGCACUAGUUGAUGUACUUUCUUUGUGUCAUUUUAUUAUUAUUUAUAAUUUUUUAAUUCACUUAUUGCUUAUUUUAAUGUCAAUUACACUAUUCAAGACCUACUACAACAUUAAUUAAUUAAAUAAUUAAUUUAAAUCAUAAAAAAAAAAAACAACUAAAAUUUUAAC